GAUGAAGUUGUUGCCAUGUUUAGCAAAUAUCAGACCAGUGUUGCCAGACGACUGAAGAAACAGGAAGCUUUGGUCAUGCUCAUGAAUGAGUUCGCCUUAAACGAAAUCGAGGCUCAAAUUUUCUUCCAAAUCUUCGACAAGGACCGAAACGAAGUGUUGAGCCUCUGGGAGUUCCGGCAGUUAUACCAGAAAGUCGGGGCAAAGUAAGUACUGAAAUGUCUAUCACAGGGCUAGGAAAUUGAUUUUGUUAAAAUUUUGCAAACGUAGGAUUCAUAAUUCAUUCAGCAUGCCAACUGUCUACAGCUUAUAAGUUAUAACUCUACAUUACAACGCUUUUAAAGGUUCUUUAUUGUUUUGUAUUUGGUCUUCUGAGUGCAGUAUUAAAAUAAAAGCUCAUGGUGCAACGUCUUGCAUGCUUUCCAUUUGCUGCCAACACUUGGAGUAUUUGAUAGUUAUAUGGGAGUUACGGCAAUUCUUUUAGAAGUUUGGAAUCAAAAGAUAACUACAUUGUCUACAAUACCAAUGGACAUUUAUGCGUGUCUUUCAAGGUGGUCUGUUAGAUGGUAGAGCUUAUCAUGUCGUCCUUAAGACCUAAAUUAUUGAUGAAAUAAAGUUGUUUCAGCAUUUUGCCUUUUCUUUGUGGACACCGAGGAACUACAGAAAUGUUCUUUAACUUUGUUUGAAACUUUGAAGUUAGAUUAAACGGGACUGUCAUUAAAACAUUUGGAUUAAGUGUUUCCGUCGUGCUUUCCACAAGCAACUUGAUAUCCGCAUUAAAGAAAAGUGCUUUUUUUUUAAUGUACUUAAAUAACACAGAUUUGACUCUCUCCAAAGAAUUUAACCUUAUAUUUUGAAAUUCCGUCCAUUUCUCCCAUCCAAUCCAACCGCCUUUACUUAUUACCCUCAGAGCCCAUGAAAUUAUUUCCAUCUCCCCAUUAACUCUACCACCUUACUUGUUAACCUCAGGGCCCAUGAAAUGAUUCAACUUUUUCACAAACUGGAGGAGCCUGCCACCGGGUAUGUGGACAUUUGGAGAACCUUCGACGCACUGACACACGUGGACAGUGGGAAGGGCAAGCUGACCGAGGACGAGAUAGUCACGUUUCUUCAGACGACAGCAAGGAACUCAAAGACCAUCGACCUGCAUACAUUUCUAAACAUGAUGAGCAGAAUCAAGGUUUACACGGGCAGAGUUUAA